AUGCUUGACUCUCUCUUCCAUGACAUCUUUCGUCUUAUUUGAUCAACACUGAUUCCACAUCAAAAUUUUAAAUUAACAAAGUGAGAAAACAAGUCGUCCAAAAAUGUUGAUUAGAAGCUUAGAUGAAAAUACAAUAAGACUUGUAACUACUACACAAAUUAUAACAUCCAUAUAUAGUGCUGUCAAAGAAUUAGCAGAAAAUGCUUUUGAUGCAAAUGCAAAAAACAUUGAAAUUAAUCUCGUUGAUAAUGGCACAUCACUAAUAGAAGUAAAAGAUGAUGGAGAUGGUAUUUCAAAAGUAGAUGCUUCGUAUAUGGCUUUACCAUCCUGUACUUCUAAGAUAUCAAAUUUUGCAGAUUUAGGUAUGCUAAAAACUUAUGGAUUUCGAGGUGAAGCAUUAAAUGCAUUGUGUAGAAUCAGUGAUGUUGUUAUUAUGACCAGAACAGAUAAGGAUGAAGUAGGCAGAUUGUAUAAUAUGGAUAACAACGGAAAUAUUAUGACAUCAGAAUUAUAUCCAAGGGCCAGAGGUACUACGGUUCAAAUCAAACAAAUGUUUAAACAAUUACCAGUAAGAAGAAAAUUAAUUACUAACAAAAAAAAAGCAAACCAAGAUAUUAAAUUAAUAGAAUGUCUGCUUAAAAGUUUUGGAAUAUGUAAUUACACAGUAAGAAUUAGUUAUAAAGUAAACAAUAAUGUCAUAUUUAUAAAACCAAAUCUAGAUAGUAUCAAAGAAGCAGCAGAACAUGUGCUUGGGAGCAAAGUUAUAUGUAAUAUGAAGUGGAUUACUUAUGAAGAAACUGAGGCUACAAUACAAUUAAUGAUUCCUGAUAAAGAAAUACAGGAUAUAAACGAAAUUUGUCAAACCAAUCAUUACAUUUUUAUCAAUAAUCGUCCUGUUAAAUAUAAAGACAUUGAAAAGGCAGUGAAUGACAUAAUCUCAGAAUACUUUAGUCACAAACUGUCAGUAAAAAAGAAACCAAUAUUUCUUGUACAUAUUUUGAUGGAUCCAAUGGAUGUUGAUGUUAAUUUAGAACCUAAUAAAGAUGCAGUACUUUUAAGGAAUCAGCAAAUAAUUCUUGAUGCUAUCAAUCGACUUUUAACAAAUUUUUAUGGUAUUCAAAGGGAGGAACAGAAAAAAAAAAAUUCUGAUGAAAUAAGUAAUUAUGAUCAAGAUUACUCAUUGAUAACUAACGAAAAUAUUUCAAAGACAGAAUUACCUGUAUAUAAAAGACGCAAAAUUUCACCUAAUAUGGAUGAAAAAGAAAUUAAAAAAACUAUAAACAGAGAAUCAGUUCCACAAAAGUUUAAUAAGAAUACAACUGAGUUAUUGAAAUACCAAAUUAUUGAAGACAUACCCCAUUGUAAAAACACAUUAAAUGAUUCAAUAAGUAAAGAUGGGAAGAAUAAUGUUUCUGAGGGUGAAAUACAAGUUAUCGCAAAUUAUUUAAACACUACAUCAGCUUCACAUAACUCAAGUAUACAUAAUAUAGAUACCAAUUGUACAGAUCGUAAUCAACUUAAACAUGAUUAUACUUUUAGCAACAAUCCAAUAUAUACCAAUGACUCAUUACUAUAUAAUCUGAAUUCGACUGAUAAAAAAGUUAACAUUCACCAGACUGUAAAUACGUUAGAUAAUCAAAUUGAUAUUUCAAAUGAAAAUAUUAGUCAGUUACCUGUAGUAGACCUAGGUGAAGAUUUUGAGUUUGAUUUUAUAUUAAAUGAAAGAAGUAAUGUAAAAACACAUAUUAAUAAGAUACAUGAUAUACAAAAUAAUGAAAAGGAUAAUAACUUAAAUGUAAAAGAAAAGAAUUCAUUGGAAACAUGGAGUAAAGGACAUGUAGAAGGUUUAAAGGGAGGUACAGAUGUAAAACCAUUUAUCGAUUGUACAAACCAUAUAUCAUUAAGUAAUAAUUCUUACACUAUAAAGACAACAUUUGCCAAAUUUGCAAAUGACAUCAGAUCAGAGAUAAUAAAAGAAAAUCCUAAACUAUCAGCAGUAGAAGUUGCUCGUAAAAUAACAGAUAUUUGGAAACAUUUGCCAUCUCAAGAACAUGGCUAUUAUCAAGAUCUUGUCCAUGAAGAGAAAGCAAAUAAAGAAAAAGUAAAAGAAGAAAAAAUAAAACAGAAACUUGAUGAAGGUGUUAAGAAAAAUAAAAGACGAUUUUUACGUAUGCUUGAAAAUAUGAAAAACUUGAAUACACCAAAAUCAGAAAAUCUAGCAAUGAGAACUACAGUACCUUGGGAUAUGAAUAUAGAAAAAGUUACAAAAAAUUUCCAAAAUAGAUGUGAUUAUAAUAAUAUUCAUCAUGUAGUAGGAUUAAUUAGUGUAAAUUUAUGGAUCAUUAAAAAUAGUGCACAGCUUUGGUUACUAGAUAUUUCUCAUAUUUUGAAAGGUUUAAAUAGCACUGACUUAAUCUUAGAUAAGAUACAAUCUCAAGAUGUUGAAAAACUUUUUAAACAAUGGAUUUUAGAAAAAAAAAAUAUGUCAAUGAUAUUUCCGAUAUACACAUUAACAUGAAAUAUAUGCUUAUCAAAUUAAGAUUUAUAUACACAUAUGUACAUUUAACAAAAAUUUAAUAUA